AUGAAUACAGAAAUAUCAAGAGCGGAACUAUUAUAAUGGGUUAAUGACACCUUGAAAUUAUAGCUCCAAAAGAUUGAAUAACUGGGAACUGGAGCAGUCUAUUGUCAGUUGGUUGAUGCGGUUCAUCCGGGUAAAGUUGCCAUGAAUAAGAUAAAUUGGAAAGCCAAACAAGAAUAUGAAUUCGUUAAUAAUUUCAAAGUUCUCUAAUAAACAUUUUCUAAACUAGGAAUUCAAAAACCAAUAGAGGUUGAGAAGCUAACGAAAUGCAAAUAUUAGGAUAAUCUGGAGUUUCUAUAAUGGUUAAAGAAGUAUAUGGAUUAGCAUGUUGUACCAAAAGACUAUGAUCCUCAAUCCAAAAGAGGGAAUGCAGAAUUGGAUGAUUAGGCGGCGAUUAUACCGAAAAGAAAUCCAGAGAGAUCAAGAACGAGCAUAAGGAGAGACACAUUCAAUAGUCCCAAUCAGCUCUAGUCUUCUUCAAGCAUUCCCAAAACGAAUUCUUUCGCUCAUAUGGAACCAUACUAAAAGAAAUAACCCUCAAUGCAGGACCUACUUAUACAGAUAGAGACACUAAAAUAAGAAAAAGAUUAUUAUUUCUAAAAAUUCAAGGACUUGGACUUCUUUAUUGAAGGGGCUUCUUAAUUGACACAAGAACAAAUGUAUAAGGGCAUCAAGGAUAUCUUAUAUAGUACAGUUGAUAAGUCUGUUAUUGUUUUGCCAAAUGGCGAACUGGAAGUUCAAGGAUUACCACCUUCAUCAGAAGAACAAUCAUCAUCAUAAGAUGUUAUGUAAUAAGAAAUAGAUUUGUGA